GGCGGGGCCUGACGUCACUGGGCGCUCGGUGCCGCCCCCCCGCGGCUGCAGCUGCGGAGCCGGAGAGCGGGCACCGGCGCCCCCUGGGCUGGGAACGCAGCGCGCGCGGCCAUGGCCUCCGGCGCCGUGGAGGCGGACACUCGACAGAGGCUGCUGCGCACCGUCAAGAAGGAGGUGAAGCAGAUCAUGGAGGAGGCAGUCACACGGAAGUUCGUCCACGAGGACAGCAGCCACAUUAUCUCCUUCUGUGCGGCUGUAGAGGCCUGCGUCCUGCAUGGGCUGCGGCGGCGGGCGGCUGGCUUUCUGCGCAGCAACAAGAUUGCAGCUCUCUUCAUGAAAGUGGGCAAGAACUUCCCACCGGCCGAAGAGCUGAGCCGCAAGGUACAGGACCUGGAACAGCUGAUGGAGAGCGCGCGAAACCAGAUUCAGGGCCUCCAGGAGAAUGUGCGGAAGCUGCCGAAGCUGCCCAGCCUGUCCCCACUUGCCAUCAAGCACCUGUGGAUCCGCACUGCUUUGUUUGAGAAGGUCCUGGACAAAAUUGUGCAUUACCUGGUGGAAAACAGCAGUAAAUACUAUGAGAAGGAAGCCCUCCUGAUGGACCCGGUGGAUGGCCCCAUCCUUGCGUCUUUGUUGGUGGGGCCCUGUGCCCUGGAGUACACCAAGAUGAAGACUGCCGAUCACUUCUGGACUGACCCCUCGGCCGACGAGCUUGUCCAGAGGCACCGCAUCCACAGCUCGCACCUGCGGCAGGACUCACCCACCAAGCGUCCAGCCCUCUGUAUCCAGAAGAGACAUUCAAGUGGCAGCAUGGACGACCGACCAUCCCUUUCUGCCCGUGACUAUGUUGAGUCCCUGCACCAGAACUCCCGGGCCACACUCCUCUAUGGCAAGAACAACGUUCUGGUUCAGCCGAGGGAUGAUAUGGAGGCCGUUCCAGGGUACCUGUCUCUACACCAGACAGCUGACGUCAUGACCUUGAAAUGGACGCCUAACCAGCUGAUGAACGGGUCGAUGGGGGACCUGGACUAUGAGAAGAGCGUCUACUGGGACUAUGCUAUGACCAUCCGCCUGGAGGAGAUUGUAUACCUGCACUGCCACCAGCAAGUGGACAGCGGUGGGACAGUGGUGUUGGUCAGCCAGGACGGGAUCCAGAGGCCGCCGUUCCGCUUCCCCAAGGGGGGGCACCUCCUGCAGUUCCUCUCGUGCCUGGAAAAUGGGCUGCUCCCUCACGGGCAGCUGGACCCUCCACUCUGGUCUCAGCGGGGGAAGGGCAAAGUAUUUCCCAAAUUGCGCAAGCGAAGCCCUCAGGGUUCUGCCGAGUCCACGUCUUCGGACAAGGAAGAUGACGAGGCCACAGAUUACGUGUUCAGGAUCAUCUAUCCCGGCAUGCAGUCUGAAUUCGUUGCUCCCGACCGCUUGGGCAGCACUCCCCCAGUCUCCGUGAGCCCUGCCUGGACGGUGGUUCCUGCCGGCCGGUCGGUGCUAGUGGUGGCCAGGGGCAGUCAGUGGGCACGAGCCAGAUGGGACGCCACCUUCCCCAUGCCGGGUCCGAAGCAGCAGCCCCCCACCCCCCAGGACCUGAUGGAUGUCUCCGUGAGCAACCUACCGCCCUUAUGGCAACCCAGCCCCCGGAAAUCCUCCUGCUCAUCCUGUUCACAGAGUGGCUCCGCUGAUGGUGGCUCAACCAAUGGCUGCAACCAUGAGAGGGCUCCCCUGAAGCUCCUCUGUGACAAUAUGAAGUACCAGAUCCUUUCCAGAGCCUUCUAUGGAUGGCUUGCCUACUGCAGACACCUGUCCACUGUGAGGACCCACCUGUCAGCCCUGGUCAAUCACAUGAUCGUGUCUCCAGACUUGCCCUGUGAUGCCGGACAUGGGCUGACGGCCAGGAUCUGGGAGCAGUACCUUCAGGAUAGCACAAGUUACGAGGAACAGGAGCUUCUACGCCUCAUCUACUAUGGAGGCAUCCAGCCGGAGAUCCGCAAGGCCGUGUGGCCCUACCUCCUGGGCCACUACCAGUUCGGGAUGACAGAAACAGAAAGGAAGGAGGUGGACGAGCAGAUUCACGCGUGCUACGCACAGACCAUGGCUGAAUGGCUGGGCUGUGAGGCCAUCGUGCGGCAGAGGGAGCGGGAAUCCCACGCGGCUGCCUUGGCUAAAUGCUCAUCAGGGGCCAGCCUGGACAGCCACCUGCACCGGAUGAUGCACCGGGACUCCACCAUCAGCAAUGAGUCCUCCCAGAGCUGCAGUUCAGGCCGCCAGCACGUCCGCCUGCAGAGUGACUCCAGCAGCAGCACACAGGUGACCCUCGGGGAGGUGCCCCCCUCCCCCAUCCCCCUCCUUCAACUUGGAGUAAAGGGAUUGGAUGUCCAUCAUCUACAGGUCACUUGUUUUAUGCUAGCAUUAAAAAUGGAGUUUUGGGGGCUCAGUCGGUUGAUCGUCCGACUUCGGCCUCAGGUCACGAUCUCGCCGUCUGUGAGUUUGAGCCCCGCGUC